AUGCUGUUGCUACUGUCGCUGCUGCCUCUCCUGCCGCCGCCGCUGCUGCCGCCGCCGCCGCCGCCUCUGGUCUUGCUUUUGCUUUUACUUCUCCUGCAUGACUGUUGUUUUCUUCCUCUAAGCGGGCACCAGCUUCAGACGCUUGAGGUGAGAAACAUGCCUUUCAGUUUGGGAUACUGGUUUACUUAA